GAAUCCGCGCACGCGCAGCCUCUCUCUCGGCCAAAUGCUAAUGGCAACCUUCAACUCUCUCACUCUGCCCUUGUCAAAACUUGAAUUUCCAGUGUGCUCCGCUGCAAGAAUCAAGAUUUCCACCUCCCCUCUCCAUUCAUUUCCCAACCUUUCACGCUUCAGGCCAAAUGGGUUCCUUAUACGCUCCAUUUCAAGUGAUCAUUCCACCAUGGCCACGGGUGAUCAAAUUGGAGAUAAGACCAACUCCCGGCCUCAAAUUCAAACUUGUACAUGGAACUGGAGGGGCUACACUAUUCGCUAUCAAUGUUCUGGGAGCUGCGGUCCUGCCUUGCUUUUAGUACAUGGCUUUGGAGCAAACAGUGAUCAUUGGAGGAAAAAUAUUCCAGUUCUUGCACAAUCACAUAGGGUAUAUGCAAUUGAUCUUAUUGGUUAUGGAUACUCAGACAAGCCAAAUCCUCGUGAGGUUGGGGACUCAUUCUAUACAUUUGAGGCUUGGGCUUCCCAAUUGAAUGAUUUUUGUAGCAGCGUGGUUAAAGAAGAAGCAUUCUUUAUUUGCAAUUCUAUUGGAGGAUUGGUUGGUCUUCAAGCAGCAGUCACGAACCCGCAGAUCUGUCGGGGUAUUCUCCUAUUAAAUAUAUCUCUGCGCAUGCUUCAUAUAAAAAAGCAGCCAUGGUUUGGAAGACCUUUCAUCGCUUCAUUUCAGAGUUUGCUGAGGAAUACUGCAUUGGGCAAACUUUUUUACAGAUCCAUCGCCACACCAGAGUCUGUUAGAAGUAUUCUUUGCCAGUGUUACCAUGACACCUCUCAAGUGACCGAAGAACUAGUUCAGAUUAUCCUGCAACCAGGACUUCAGCCUGGAGCUGUUGAUAUUUUUCUUGAGUUCAUAUGCUACUCCGGUGGCCCCCUCCCUGAGGAAUUACUGCCACAGGUGAAGUGCCCUGUCUUGAUAGCAUGGGGUGACAAGGAUCCAUGGGAAAGCAUCGAGCUUGGAAGAGCCUAUGGGAAUUUUGAUUCCGUAGAAGACUUUAUCAUUCUCCCUAAUGUUGGCCACUGCCCUCAGGAUGAAGCUCCACAUCUUGUGAAUCCACUUGUUGAGGCAUUCGUCGCACGCUAUUCUAAAUCUGCAGCUAAGGCUUCUGCAACGAUAUAACCCCAUGGUGGAGCUUCUGUAGCUGCUUCUAUAUCCAUUAUUGGCAUUCAUGAUAUUCCUUUGCAUAGGCCACCGCGGAUCCCACACUGUAUAUAAUUCAAUAGGAUGUCAAAAAGCAUAUUUUGCAAGCUGAAUGCCGAGGCUUGCAACAAUUGUUAAUUGAAUGUUACUUUGUCAAAGUAUUUUGCAAAUGAUAUAGAAGUCUUAAGACUCUCUUCCCCCCUACCCAUGGACUAUGCCCAUCUUAUGUACCAAAAAAAAAAAUGUUUUGCAACUUUUGCCACUAGGCUCUUCCACACAACUAAUAAGCAACUAACAAUAUUAAUAUGUAGCUUUAAGUCAAUAUUUCUACAAAUAAUGAAGAGAGUAUUAACAAACAUUUUCCGUUUGGUCAUUGGUAACUGAGAGAGUAUUGAAAAUGUGUCAUUGGUAUCUGAAAGAGAGCAUUAACAAACAUAUUCCGGUCCUUGGUUCGUUGGUGUCUGACAUUAAGCUCAUUCCUGGCAAGAGCACGGAUUCAUGUCUCUUUCCAUGAUUAGUUUCCCUUCUGACUGGAUUUGUGCAAAAUAAAUAAAUUGGUUGGAAGAUUGA